ACGGUUUUUAAAACCCAAACUUGACUUGUGCUGGGGUUUCUGGCACUUUGACGUGGCAUCAAAAUAGUUUCAUAAUCAUCAAAGCAAAGGCUCAUCCCUAAUCGUACACUAUGCCUUCUACUUCGGACCAGGAUGCUGCAACUGACCACCCAACGGAUCAAAAGUUGCAAACGUCACCUCAUCCUCCUGCGACUGAUACAGCUGAACUUACCACUGAAACUGGCGGCUCAAAUGCUACUGACCCCGCCCAUGCCGGCAUCCAAGGUCAAACGCACGAGAAUGCUGCACACACUGGAUCGCGGCUGGGAGACACUCUGAGAGGCGCCUGGAACGUAUUUCAUGGAACAGGCGAAGUGGUUCGAGGCAAUAUCAACAAGUUAGUUGACGAUACCGGCGACGUCAUCAGCCAACGCAAGAGUAAGGACGAGAAACCAGCCUCUCGUUCGGGACAGACAGGUGAAAGUAUCGUGGCGAGAGGUGCGAGUGAAUUUUCGAAAGGAUUGGAACAACUUCGUGGGCACCACGACGGUAGUGCCUCAGGGAAUAAGUGAAUGGGGCGAGUUGGGACUAACAAGCAUGCAAAAUGUGGUUAUCAGCGGUUGAACAGUUGCAUCGAGACAGAAGUUAUGGAAUCAGAGUCUGUACUAUGUAUCCGUCCGUGAUGUAGUUCCUGUCAAGAAAAUGAAAAAGUAUGGCACGG